UCCCUGGAUAUCCCUCCUCUCCCUCUCGCGCUCGCAGCAAAAUCCAUUGCUUCGCUCUCGCUUGUGCUUGUGCAGCUUGCUCACUGCCCCCAAAACGUUCACAAAAUCUCCAGAAAAAAAAUUCCAUUUCAUAACCAAAAAACUAAAAAAGAAAAAUCAAGUGAAACCGGUAACGGAAAAAUGGCAGUGGUUGGCGCUUUUUCCCCUCUCAGAGGUUCUUGGAUAGCUGUGAGGAUCAGGCAGGGUGGGAAACCUGCAGGGAUCAGCCUCCUGUCUCCAACAAGGAGGAGGAGGAACUGCGCGGCAGUGGUUCGGGCGGAGGUGAGCUUCGUGGGCGCCGACGAGGCGAAGAGGCUGGUGGACGAGGAGGGCUACACGGUGCUGGACAUCAGGGACAGGACGCAGCGCGAGAGGGCACACAUCAAGUCCUCUACCCAUGUGCCUCUCUUCAUUGAGAACCAAGACAACGACAUUGGGACCAUCGUGAAGCGCCAGCUGCACAACAACUUCGCGGGGCUCUUCUUCGGUCUGCCCUUCACCAAGCUCAACCCGGAUUUCGCCAGGACAGUCAAGGACAAGUUCUCGCCGGAGAGCAAGGUGCUGGUUGUCUGCCAGGAAGGUCUCAGGUCAGCAGCCGCUGCAGAUGCGCUGGAGAAAGAAGGUUUCCAAAAUAUUGCGUGCAUUACGUCAGGUCUUCAGACAGUGAAGCCAGGAACGUUUGAAUCUGUCGGAAAAAGUGAGCUGCAGAAUGCGGGGAAAGCUGGUCUUGUCACCAUCCAAGGGAAGAUUUCAGUAGUCCUUGGGACUGUACUGAUCAGUGCCUAUCUGUUUAUAACAUUCUUCCCUGACCAGGCUGAGAAGCUUUUUGACUUGGCUGGCAUCAGUUUGUGAUCAGAACUGAUGUUCUUUCCAUUCAUAUUGGUACUCCAGUUCAUAAUCAGGUCAUCAUUUGCGAUGACUGAUCGAUCAAGUCGAUUCACUCAGAUGUUUCCAGGCCGAAAAGAAAUUUUUGCUCUAUGUGUAUUGUUAGGGAGUUGUUGGCAGAUCAGCACAUAUUCUUUGAAACAUCCCUUUUCUCCAUGUACCUCCUAUUUCUAUUGUAUGCUUGAUUCAUCUACAUGCUUGUGUUGCUUCUUGAAAGUAUUUUAGACCUCUGCGCAGCUAUGAUUCAGGAUUCCAAAUAGAAGUUUUUUAUCCUUCUAGUCAUGCUCAUCCACUGCAGAACAUUGAUUCUGAAAGAUUAUGUAGAACUUGAUACCAAUUACAGUUGCAGAAGAAAUGAUUGUCUUGUGUAAUGACCUAUAAUAGCAGAGCCUGACCACAUCAUUCCGUUGA